CUGACGGGUAAUGACGGGAUGAAUUAUGUAAAGCUGUUUAGACGUUAUCGAGAAAGUUUAAAUCAGUGUUAACUGGCGGUGGUGUUCCACCCUGUUUGGAAAUGUGUUUGCUCCUGCAGAAAGAGGAUUUUUGUUGACAGGAAAACUGCGCUUACAGCCUACAUUCAGUCGAGGAGGUUGGACCGGAGGGAUUAUUGCCAGUCUGAAGUUCCAAAAAAGGCCGACCUCAUAGUUUGAAAAUGUUUGGACACACCAGACCUUUCUCUUAUUCCCCAAGCUUCAAGGGUUUCUCACAGGACGACCCUCCUCUGCAGAGGCGGGCUUUCCUAGAAGAUGACCUCAAGGAGGCCUCGCUGCAAAGAAGAAGCACCAUGUCCAGACCCAAUGCGAAAUCAAUAUACAUGCAGAGAAAGGAGUACUCUGAAACGCUGAACAAACAAUCUGGCAACUUUCACGUCAGAGUGGAGCACCUGUUCACCUGUGAGCUGGACGGCCAGGAGCUGAAGACGGUGGACGACUGCGUUGCCAAGCUCAAGAGACUGGACGGCAAAGGUCGUCUGUGGCCCCAGGAGAUGAUCAUGGAGGUUCAGAGGGACUAUCUGGUGCUCAGUGACAUUGAGACCAAGGCAGAACUGGAGUCAAUGCCUUUGAGCUGCAUCCUGAAAACCAAAGCUGUGCUGGAUAGCUGCGCCUACAACUCCCUGCUGACCAUAACUGUGCAGGAGCGCCACAAACGCAUUCGCCAGGUCUACAUGUUCCAGUGUGAGGAGACCGGGGCGGAGCACAUCAAGAGUGAUCUGGAUAAGGCAGCGAAAAAAGGAGAUGAUGAUCUGGAACCACGCAGAGAGCAGUCUGACAUCAGGAUGGAUCUUGAGAACAUCAUCGGGCAACAAGCUCUGGGAGGUUUCCGGCAGUUUGGGCCUCGUCCUGUGCAGCAAGAGAGGCCCCCGUCGCCACUGGAGUACCAGCUCCCACAGUGGAGGGAACCAGAAGAGUUUCCACGGGUCUACACCCCAGACCUUCAUGAAUUAAGGAGCAGCCCAGAGGUCCCUUUGACAAUUCAGCAAGAAAACACAGACAGGAACACGGAUAUUUUAAACCAUGUUCUAGAUGAUCUGGAGCUAUUCGUGGGCAAAAUGUCCGCUGCGGUGAAUGCACCAUCACAGCGAGAGGACAAGAGCAAUAAGAAGGGUGUGUUUAAGAAGAAAAAAACAAAGAACAAUGCAGCAGCUGUCAGUCUGCCACCUCUGAUGGAAUAUGUCUCCUGUCUUCAGAAAAUCAAAUAUGGAUUCAAUCUGCUGGGCCAGCUGGACGGGUCGCUGAGCAACCUCACUGCUCCUGACUAUGUCCACAUCAUCUUCAGUAUUUUACAAGUGAUAGCGCCUCAGUAUCCUGCAGACCUGCCUCCCACUGUGAUCUCCCCCCUGCUGACAGUCCCGGCCCUGCGGCUGAUCAGCGAGACCGUCAACCCGCAGGAGGACAACCUGUGGAUGUCUCUGGGAGACAGCUGGAACCUCCCCAGGUCUAAAUGGCCGGAGGACGUCCCACCUUACAUCCCACAGUUCUACGAUGGCUGGCAGCCGCCCGCCCCCUUGCGUGAGCCUUCUCUCGUCUCUUAUGAAAGCCGUCCAGCGAGCAGGAGCAGCAGCCAGCGCUUCACCUUGGGCCAGCGCCACCCCGCAGAGCCUGUGACCAAUGGCACAAGGCGUUCACCAAACCCACCAUACCACAAUGAGCCACCCCAGUAUGUGGAGGUCAUUUCCAACUUUAUGGCCAGGAACAACCAAGAGCUGAGCGUUAUGAAGGGCGACAUGGUUCAGGUGAUUCAGAGAUCCAAACAAUGGUGGCUGGUUCGCAAUAACCUCGGUGAGGAGGGCAAUAUCCCUCCGAAUGUUCUGAAUGUAUCGAACCGCUCCAUGGGCAGGGAAGAGCAACUGAGGGACACUCAUGGUCCGGUGACUUUGGACAUGGCCUCCACACCUGCAGAGGUCAAGGCCUGGCUGGAGUACAAAGGUUUCUCCAGAAUCACUGUGAACAGCCUCGGGGUGCUGACUGGUAAGAUGCUUCUGGGGAUGACCAAGGAUGACUUAAGGACCGUGUGUCCAGAGGAAGGAGGCAAGGUCUUCUUCCAGCUUCAGGCCAUUAAGUCAGCCAUUGCACUUGCCAGUGAACCAUCAGGCCUGUACAAUGGCCGCUACUAAGGACCUGCUUCACUGCUCUGUCACUUGUUCUCCUGAAUUUAAAUCCAGAUUGAUUACUGAAAUUACUGAUGUCUAAUUAAUUCUUCAGUAUCAUAAAUAUGUUGUGUGGAUGGCUGCUUUCAGCAUUUUGUUUAAAGCUUUGUUUAAACUUCUGCAUGUUGUAUAAUUUAUCACCAACAGCAAUAAUUAGAAGUUACUAAUUUUUUCCCAUUUCUUUUACUUCUGACAUACUUUCAAGUAAAUUGUGUAUAGUUUUCCCAACUGUGAUUAAAAAAAUACAUGUAUGU